CCCUAUUCCUAACGUAGACCCUCAUGCAGUAUCUGUUACUGAGCAUCGAAUUCCUGUAAAUGCUGAGGCUGAGGGUAUAUAAGCUGGAACCUCCAGAAGCCUGGGUCACACCUCGACUAACUCCUUCGGUUUUUCACUCGCCUUAGACAAGCACAAGCUUAAUCAGAACCAGAACAAUGGCCGUUGCUGCUAUGCUCGCCGCAGCUGAUGUGGAUGCUGCUCUUGCUGCCUGCCAGGCUGCUGACUCCUUCGACUACAAGGCUUUCUUCGCCAAGGUUGGCCUGUCCGCCAAGUCCGCCGAUGACGUCAAGAAGGCUUUCGGCAUCAUUGACCAGGACAACAGCGGCUUCAUUGAGGAGGAGGAGCUGAAGCUGUUCCUGCAGAACUUCAAGGCUGAUGCCAGGGCUCUGACCGACAAAGAGACCAAGGCCUUCCUGUCUGCUGGUGACAGUGAUGGUGAUGGCAAGAUUGGAGCUGAAGAGUUUGCUGCUCUUGUAAAGGCUUAAAUUUUCAUCUGACCAAGACCCUUCCAAUACCAAGGAACCAGAACUCACGACAGCUCACACCUUUCUCAGCCGAACUUUUUUAUAUGAUCUAAUUUAUGACUGACUUUGGACAGUUGACUCAGUUUUGUGUCUGGAUGAGGGUACUGUUUGUGUUAGUUGGAUGUUGUAUUUCAAGCCCAUUGGCUUGUGCACAUGUACAAUCUUGAAUGCACUUCUGGGGAAGAGUGAAAAACGAGGAAUAAAUAUAGUUUUGGUGUAA